AUGCGUAAUGGGGAACUUUAAGCAUCUGAUAAUGUGUGAGUUGCCGACAUCACUUUAUAGUCUUGGUUUUACGUUACACAUUUUUAAGUAACGAGCCCGACGAUGACGAGCAGCUGUGCGUCUUGGACGCCGGAGACGCGCAACGGCAUGAGGAGCUCAGUCUGUUUGGAGCCACCGGUUGAGAUCAUUCAACACUCCCAGCGCUGACCGACUGACUGACUGACUGAACAGAGAGUGGGAUACAAAUUGACUCCCUAUGUCUCCCUGAAAUAUUCGUGAACGAAAGGAUGGACGUCUUCCUCGCCCCCCAAAAACGAUACGACAGCGACGGAUGAGUGAAAUCGGAGAUGAUGCGCACCGCGGCUAAAAUCCCGGAGCUUUUUUGAACAGGACUGUGGGUGUGUGAGCAUCAGGCUCGCUGUUAUACCUUCGGACUGCACUCGCCAACUUCCCCCGCUUUCCAUCAAGUCAUGUCUGAUAUAGAGCGAUGGGCAAGUUUGACGACAACGAGAGGAUAAUCCUCAACGUCGGGGGAACAAGGCACGAAACCUACAAAACCACCCUAAAGACUCUGCCGGGGACGCGACUGGCCCUGCUCGCCUCCGACUCGGACAUCGACUCCGUGCUGGAUCAGCUGCAACAAGUCCCCGGCUUCAUCGAGUACAACGCGCGGACCAACGAGUACUUCUUCGACCGUCACCCGGGCGUCUUCGCCUACGUGCUCAACUACUACCGCACCGGGAAGCUUCACUGCCCGGCGGAUGUGUGCGGACCGCUGUUUGAAGAGGAGCUCUCCUUCUGGGGCAUCGAUGAGACGGACGUGGAGCCCUGCUGUUGGAUGACAUAUCGACAGCACCGGGACGCGGAGGAGGCUCUGGACGUAUUCGAGCUCAACGUGGACACCGGAGAAGAGGACGACGAGAUAGGGAAAAGGCUCGGCAUUGAGGAUGUGGCUGCUGACGGGAAUGUCAGCCUGUGGAGGAAGUGGCAGCCGGUGAUCUGGAAUCUGUUCGAGGACCCCUACUCAUCCAGGGCGGCGAGGUUUAUUGCCUUUGUAUCUUUGUUCUUCAUCCUGGUCUCCAUUACGACCUUCUGCUUGGAGACUCAUGAGGCUUUCAACAAAAUCAUCAACAAGACGGAGUUGAUGCGGAACAGCAGCGUGCCUGACUCAGGUCCACAGUAUGAGAUUGAAACUGACCCUGCUCUUACAUAUGUGGAAGGAGUUUGUGUCUUCUGGUUCACCAUUGAGUUCCUGGUGCGUGUGACCUUCUGCCCGGUCAAGUUGGAAUUUUUUAAGAGCCUUCUCAACAUCAUCGACUUCGUGGCUAUCUUGCCUUUCUACUUGGAAGUAGGGCUGAGUGGCCUUUCUUCAAAGGCUGCAAAGGAUGUGUUGGGUUUCCUCAGGGUGGUUCGUUUUGUUCGUAUUCUGCGUAUCUUCAAGCUAACACGACAUUUUGUGGGGCUUAGGGUACUGGGCCACACAUUACGGGCUAGCACCAAUGAAUUCCUGCUGCUCAUCAUCUUCCUGGCAUUGGGAGUGUUAAUUUUUGCCACCAUGAUAUACUAUGCCGAAAGAAUCGGCGCCAAGCCCAAUGAUCCCACGGCUGCCCUCCACACCAAGUUCAAGAACAUCCCCAUUGGCUUCUGGUGGGCUGUGGUAACCAUGACUACACUGGGAUAUGGUGAUAUGUAUCCAGAGACCUGGUCAGGCAUGGUUGUGGGUGCGUUAUGUGCUUUAGCUGGUGUGCUCACAAUAGCCAUGCCUGUGCCUGUUAUUGUCAAUAACUUUGGGAUGUACUAUUCUCUGGCUAUGGCCAAGCAGAAGUUACCCAAAAAGAGGAAGAAACAUAUCCCUCAAACAGUGCAGGGGGGGUCCCCCAUCUACUGCAAAGCUGAUCUCAACACCACCUGCAACAGCACUCAAGGUGACCUGUGCCACGUCAAAGGGAGCAGGGUACUAGAACGCAACCGUUCAGUCCUGUCUGCAGACUGCAGUGGGGGAAGUGACCUCACCAUGUCUCCUGAGGAGAGGGUUCCCAUGCGUAGGUCCAGCACUCGAGAACAGGACCGCCGGAGUGGGGGGACGUGUUUCCUGCUCGCUGCAAGUGACUACGCCUGCUCUGCAGAUGGAGGGAUACGAAAAACAGAUAACUGCAAAGACGUUGUCUUUACUGGUUUUACACAAGCAGAGAGCAGCGUUCUAUCUUAAUGGCUUGAAGGAAGGCACCACCAUAGUGGAAAGGUAAAGGAGUGUGAGGGUAGCCGGCAGUGCGGAGCCCUCUCACCUUCUUCUCGGUCAUGAAUUAUGAUUUGCAUUUUUGUGUAUGAGUGUGUGAAGUAAAACUGGGGUUAUUCAAUAAUCCAUAAGGAGACGAGGACAGUUUCUGACAGACAUGCAUUUUUGAAGGCACCAGUCACGGUGCUGCUUGUAGCAUUUUAUUCAGUGGAUUAUGUCCACAUUAAUAUAAAGUAAAUAUGACCAUUGUGACCAAAAUCCUGGAGAAAACAUGUAUAUAUUUGUGUGUUCCACAAGGUUUAGAAAUUUUCAUGAUAGAAAACAGACAAAAAAAAAAAAAUUAUAACUUUUUGCACCAUUAAAUCAGCCAUGACCCACACCUAUUAACUGAUCUUCAGUCCCCGGACGAGACAACCUGGACCUGCAUUCCAUUAAAACAGUUGGGGGCGUCUCAUAUGAAAUUGAAGCACCUUUUUAUUUGGCUGAAUGGCUGCAUCAUUUUUAUGCAUACUUUUUUUUUAAACAAUGACAGGUAUAAAUUGCCUUUGCAUACCAACAGGUGUGGGAAAGCAGACAUAACCAUGCAGCAAUGUGCCUCACCCAUCACUACAGUACAGUAUGUCUAUAGAAGUAGGUUGCUUAGCAACUGGCUCACAACUAGAUGCAUCUUACACGUAGCUCAGCAAGAAGUCAAAACUAUUAAAAAGGAGAGUUCUCAAAAACAUUUCUCUUUGUCUGUGCACCAAAUUAUUGAAUCACCCCUUACUUGAACAACAACAGUAUACAACAGAACCUUUAUAAAUCUGGAUAUAUGCCCCAGAGCAUCAUAGAUUUAUACUGUUUUUAGUUUGGGGCAUCUAUUUAUGCCAGAGUGUGCAUGGUGAGGUCUUAUGAAAUGAGAGAAGAUGUAUUUCUUUCAUUCAGAGAUGUGUUUAUAUUUUAUUUAGACAAUCCAUUUCCUGUUUGAAUGACAGCAGGAUAAAAUUGUCAUCAGUAUGAGGACCUAUUGCAGUGGGAAGACCUCAUUUGGAGCCAUAAGGCCACAUCUACAGGACAGUAAGGAUGAGGACGAAUGCAAGAGCCACUGACUGACAGCCAGUCAGCUCCCGGCUCAGUGAGCACACUGGACAACUUGCUAAAAAUUCUUAUUUUGCAAAGGAGAGCAAAUCAAACUGGACACGUCAUUAAAAGAGACUAUCUACUGCAUAGAUUUUGCUCCUGUAAAUACAACAAAACAGCACAUCUGGGCCAUGUGGCUCUGUCCACACACCUGUCUUUUGAUGGCGAGUCAGGUAACAAGGUGGUUGGUUGCUAUGUUGCGCCGUAACACUCAAAGUCAAUCAUAUUUCUUGCUGUGGUAUCCCUCCUCGCAAUAAGUGUAUUAAGAUGCAUCAGUUGAGGCACUUUGUGUUUUAAAAAAGGAGUGUAUUCAUAUAUGAAAUUCAGCAUAAAAUAUAUACAGUAUAGAGAGACAAAUGUGCUAAGUUGAAUAAAUGUGACAUUACGGUCAUCUCUGCUUUUGUUUCUCUCGGUAAUUUCAGUAGGUUAAUCGCGCUGCUGUGUGUAAAUGUGUGUAUGUGUAUCCUAAAAAUCCAGGGUAAGAUCUAUCAUUUGAAAGGCCAGGUCAGAGAAGACCAGUGAGCGGACUUGAUGCUGUCACUCUUUCACAUUUAGCACAAACACAAAUGAGACACAGCUCCCCUGUGAUGCAGCUGCCAUUGUAGAAGUCCCCUCUCUACCCUGCGUUAGUGCUGCAAAUGUUCAUCUCUAUACAAACCAAAUUUUUCUUACCAGACUAUUCCUCAUGACUCCUGGUGGCUAACAAAAGUAACUUGAUUCUUCCAGAUCUUUCCCCUUGUUGGGGGGGAGUGGAGCAAAAGUGUAGCAGAAGUUUAGCAAGUUAUAAAGUGGGACUUCUAGAAUGGCUACAUCUGCACAGUAGCAAUCCCGUGUAUCUAAACAAUCUGAUUGGAUUUGCAAUAAGCACCUGAAAAACAAAAAGCGCCGAUCCACACUGUGAUUUCAGCAGCCCGUCAAAACAGGAAGGUGAAGGAAAGCGAAAGCAGCUCUAAACGCUGCCAGGCAAGACCUGAAAGUGGCACGAUGUGUGUCGCUUUGGUGGAGACCUGCACAGUUGUAGGCUAGCUGUUCAAGUGUCACCCUGAACCCACAAUCCUCCUCAUGUAGUACACACGCUGCUUUACUCUUUGUAUUGACAAAGGGGUACCGUUCUUUGUGUAUUUCUAGGAUGACGUUGUAACUUGAAAAAAAAAAAAAAGGUGUUUAUUUUUUUUGAAUCCAGAACAUGUAUUUUUGUGUCUUACUGUUGAGUACAUUGCUCUUUCCUGUAACAGUCAUGGUAGUCUGAUGCUGUGCUUCUACAUCGUGUCCUCAAACUGUCAGGCUUUUGAUCCAAGUUCAUGUUUUGUAUGUUUUACUGUGAGCAUAAUUCUAGUUUGAAGUCUGUAUUUGUGGAGCCUUUUGUUGGCGUUCUAAAAGUGCAUGCAGAAAAGAAAAAUCAUGAUGUCAAAUUGUAAAAAAAAAAAAAAAGGACAAAAAAAUGAU